ACGUUUUUGCUUUUCUCAAAAAAAAAAAAAGAAAAGAAAAAAAAAGAAAAAAAAAAAGAAAAAAAGAAAAAGUAUACCAUAUUCCACCUCGCACCUAAAAGCAGCACAACUCUGUAAAAUAUUCCCUGGUUUCAACAUUGCCGGAGGAUACUGUUGUUACUAUGUCCCUCCUCCAAAACUUGCCGUCGUAUUCCACUCUGUUCGGCGCCUACGCCUCUCUCUCAGGUACCGUAACUCUUCUCCAAUCAACCGUCAACCUGGUACCCCAACCCAUCAGAAACUUUGUCUGGUCCCAAACGCAAAAAUAUCUCCUCACCAACCAUUCCUCCUCCACCUCCACCUUCAAAAUCAGAGAGUUCUACGGCCUCGAACGCAACCUUCUCUUCGACGCCGCCAAAGUUUACUUACCAAAUCUCCCCUCCGCCAGCCUAAUGAAAGUCGACGUCGCAAGAGUUCGCUCGCAUAAAAAUCUCUCCUUUGCCUUAUGCGAAGGCGAACGGGAAGGCGAACGCGAAGUGGUCGUCGAGGAUACCUUCCGCAACAUAAAAGUUACCUGGUAUUUAAUCCGUUCUCAAAAUCAAGUAAAAAACUUUCGAGAAAAUCCGUUCAUUUCUUCUUCUGAAAAUAGUUAUUUUGAGCUAUGUUUCAAUUCCCAAAACAGAGAUGAAGUCAUCUCUGAUUAUCUCCAGCAUGUUUUGAACACAUCCGCCUCCUUGACUCAGAAAGACAGGGAGUUGAGGCUUUUCACUUACCCUUCCAAAUACGAGUCCAAUUGGACAUCCACGUUUUUGCAACACCCUGCUUCCUUCGACACUAUUGCCAUGGAACCUGAUGAGAAACAGAAAAUCAUUGAUGAUUUGAAGCUGUUCCAGUCAAGCAAAGAAUUUUAUCAGGGGAUUGGCAAGGCUUGGAAGCGUGGGUAUUUGUUUUAUGGUCCUCCAGGGACUGGAAAAUCAAGCUUGAUUGUGGCCAUUGCUAAGUUUUUGAAAUAUGAUGUGUAUGACUUGGACCUUAGUAGUAUCCGUUCCAAUUCGGAGCUGAGGAACGUUGUGUUAAGCAUCUCUCCCAAGUCCGUUCUUGUGAUUGAGGAUAUAGACUGUUAUAAAGAGGUCCAAGAUCGAUCCAAAAAAAUUGGGAUUAUGAAUAAUGAUCCUCCCUUGGAUACUGGAAAAAAGAACAAGGGCUCUGCCUGUACGCUUUCGGGAAUACUGAACGCUAUUGACGGUCUCUGGUCGGGGUGUGGAGAGGAGAGGAUCAUCAUAUUGACUACCAAUCAUAAGGACAAGAUUGAUCCUGCAUUGAUUCGUCCUGGUCGGAUCGACAAGCAAAUUGAGUUGUCCUACCUCAAGCCGAUGGCUUUUCCAGAGUUGGCCUCCAACUAUCUCAGGGUCCGCGACGGCGAACACCCUCUCUUGGAAGAAAUCAAAGGCUUGUUGGAGCACACAGAGGUGACCCCUGCAUCUGUUGCUGAAGAAUUGUUGUGGAGAAGGAGAUGCAGCGUUGAUCAUGCUCUUGGAGAAGUUGUUAAUUUUCUUAAGCGGAAGAAGAUGGAAGAGGUGAAAGAAGGUACCGGGACGCUUGCCAAAUCAAAUAGGAGGAAAUCAAAGAGGAGAAAAUCAUCUCAAUAUUGAAUUUUUUUUUUCCUCAUUUCAUCUUGGAGUUCUUGAAUAAUGUCCAUGAACUGUAAAGCAGGUUAAUAGACACAAUAGUCGGUGCUAAUUUUAGAUCUCUUUCUCUUGUACAAACCACCUUAAUUUCUGUUGAAAAUAUUAGCCUCCUUAUGCUUUUGGUGUGAACCAGGCUAGUUGCCAAGACAACACAGCUAGAGGGUGAGAAAAUGCAGGAGGCUGAAGUACGUUAACU